UUCGCCCCCGCCGCAUCACGCAGAAUUUGCUUACUGCCUGCUCUGCUCGCCAUUGCUGACUCCCUCCCUCCCUCCCUCCCUCGCCACCGAAAAGCUAGCCCGCCCGGCCGUUGCUUGCAAGCCUCGCUCCGCAUUAUUGCCACCUGCCGCCGGCAGCCAGCGCGCGCGGCGCAACACGCAAGCAGAACAACGGUGUCUGUUCGGUUGUUGUUGUUGUUGGAGAGAGCGCGCGAUCCAAUCCAAGGAACCAGGGAGGAGGAGCGUGCAGUGCAGUGGCAGUGCAGGAGCGAUGGUGUUCUUCUGCUUCCUGGUGGACCAGCGGCGGACGGUGCGGAGCAGCAAGCCGGCGGCGGGGAUCUGCUCGCGCUGCGGCGGGUGCGCCAGCGUGGCGGACAUGGAGACCGCCACCAGGGUCUGCUACCUGCUCACCGUGCACCGGAGCACCUGGCGCGCCAUCAUCUGCACCUUCUGCGGCGCCAUGCUCAAGUCCUACCGCCACUACAGGCUAUAGCACUGGUAGCGGUACGGCACUACCUACCGGUAGACGAUGGAGUCGGUCGGUGGAUCGCGCGCCUUUUUCCGCGGCUUCCGAUCCCGGGUUUUUUUUUUGUUCCUGCUUGAUCAUGCUGGGGUUUGCAGGUUAUUGUAAUGGUACUAUGGCAGCUUGCCGGUGCAUAAAUAUGGAAUGGGAGUCAU